AUGUUUCUACAAUCUGCUCUUUGUUCGGAGGAUCCUGACGUGCCAUACAACAUAAACUGUCCUGCACUGUUGGGGCAGAGCCUGGGCAGAGCCUGGGCAGAGCCUGGGCAGAGCCUGGGCAGAGCCUGGGCAGAGCCUGGGCAGAGCUUGGGCAGAGCCUGGGCAGAGCCUGGUCAGAGCCUGGGCAGAGCCUGGGCAGAGCCUGGGCAGAGCCUGGGCAGAGCCUGGGCAGAGCUUGGGCAGAGCCUGGGCAGAGCCUGGUCAGAGCCUGGGCAGAGCCUGGGCAGAGCCUGGGCAGAGCUUGGGCAGAGCCUGGGCAGAGCCUGGUCAGAGCCUGGGCAGAGCCUGGGCAGAGCCUGGGCAGAGCCUGGGCAGAGCCUGGGCAGAGCUUGGGCAGAGCCUGGGCAGAGCCUGGGCAGAGCCUGGGCAGAGCCUGGGCAGAGCCUGGGCAGAGCCUGGGCAGAGCCUGGGCAGAGCCUGGGCAGAGCCUGUGACGGGCCUCGAUCCCAGGACCCGCAGCCUCACCUCAGAUACUUAUUCAGUGUCUAUCACCUCCGCGGCUGA